GUCCACACAUUUGCGACUGCAACCGCCCCAGGAGUGACCGAUACCUCCGAUGCCUGCACGAAGUUGUACGCGGCGCCGCGGCCCGCCAGCCUUCCGCAACGCUGACCGAUGUGGCGCCGUCGGCCUGACUGGUCCACGUGACACAUCGAAGUUCGAAGUGAAUGGAAGAUCCAACAGAUUGCCGCGUCAAAGUGCAAUUUCGAGCAUGCUGCUGCUACCGUCCGAGAGCGGCGAAGACGUCGUGUACGUUCACUACCACGAGCUCAACGCGUUCGAGUCGCCGCGCGCCUUCACACCGUCAAGCGCCGUCGACCGCGCGUGCCUCCUCUGCCACGAAAGUGUGGCCACGCUGCACGGCGAUUUGGCCGACGUCGUCGACAACUUUGUCCAUUGCGCAGGCUGCAACAGCUACUACUGCCAUGGCUGCCUCCAGGACUACUUGGGCCACAAGAUCGAGACGCGUCAGGUUCUGCCGAGCCAGCUCGUGUGCCCGGGCGCGUGUCAGCAACCGCUGCCGGCGACGACGCUGCAAGUGCACAUGCGGCGCAGCGACUUUGCAAAGUACAAUGCGCUCUUGACGCUGCCAAGCCCGUCCAACGAAGCGCUUGUGUGCCCACGACCGGGCUGCGGCUGCCCGCUCAAGCGCACCGAGCGUGGCCGCAAGGUGCACUGCCCUGCGUGCGGCUUGAACUCGUGUUACAACUGCGGCCGUCGCUUUCAUUAUUGGCCGCUUUGCCGCGCGCCCUUUGCGCGCUGCUGGCCCCACUGACACCACGAUGCUGCACGUAAUCGUAUCCCUACGUCGCUACGCACGGCCGAUUCUUGCUUCCACGCGAUCCAAAAUCCCUGCCCGCCAACCUUCCAUCGCUCAUUGUGCUGUGCGCAACACAAACGGUCGUCGCAUCGACAUCCGUUCUACUAUCCAUCAAUAUCCAAGUAUCCGUUCAUCCCAUCCUCCAAUUAUCCAUCCAGGCAUCCAGUUAUCCAUGUACAAUCUGCAAUCGUCGAGCGCGAGGUCGACGUGCGUCGCACACGUAGCCUCGAUCAACUUGCACGCAACCCUGAAGCGGCGACUCGUCGCAUUUAAAAAAAUCCCUUUAUCUAUCUACGUAUCCAAGUAUCCUUCCAUCCAGGAAUCCAUAUGUAUUUCAUUGCCCA